GCAGCAGCAGUAGCAGCAGCGCCAGCAGCAGCAGCAAAACCUCUGUGACUAAAUUGCCACAGAAAGAAGCCAGCUGUGUGGUGAUUGACUCAGACUCUGACUCUCUCUAUGAGGAAAAGAGAUCUAAGAUCUGUGAAAUAAGCAGUGAAGAUGAGUCUUCUGACGAGUCUUCUUCUGAUGAGUCUUCUAACGUUAAGGGCUCCAGCGAUCAGAAGUCUCAAGUAAUUGUUAUCGAUGAUGAAGAUGACAGUCCCAAUUUAAAGGGUUCUGAGCAGAAAAAAGAUGUUUCUAGUGAUGAGUGCCAAAUGCCUGUUCUCGAAAAAGAAAUUGAUUGUGUUGUUCUUGGGGCUACUUCAUCUGCUGAUGUUUGUGAAAUAGGGGCCCCUGGAAAAAGUUCCAAACAACCACCACUGGAGCCUGAGCCCGAACCCGAGCGGGAGCCUGAGCUUGAGCCUGAGCUAGAGCGGGAUCCCGAGCGGGAGCCUGAGCCUGAGCCUGAGCCAGAGCAGGAUCCUGAGCCUGAGCCUGAGCGGGAUCCUGAGCCUGAGCCUGAGCCUGAGCCUGAACCCGAGCCCGAGCGGGAGCCAGAGCCAGAGGGGGAUAUCAAGCCAGAGGGGGCUCUCGAGCCAGAGGGGGAUCUCGAGCCAGAGGGAGAUCUCGAGCCAGAGGGAGAUCUCAAGCCAGAGGGAGAUCUCAAGCCAGAGCCAGAGGGGGAUAUCGAGCCAGAGGGGGAUAUCGAGCCAGAGCCAGAGGGAGAUCUCGAGCCAGAGCCAGAGGGAGAUCCCGAGCCGGAGCCCGAACCUGGGCCCGAGCCGGAGCCCGAGCCGGAGCCCGAGCUGGAGCCUGAGCCCGAGCUGGAGCCAGAGCUCCAGCAAAGUGUUACAGCCCAAGAAUCCAAGGAGAGAAAGGCUGCCGCUCUGCUGGCGCAACAAAGGAGAAAGAAAAGAAAGAAUAGAUUUAUAUGCAUGGCUCCACCUAAAUCACGUAGGAAACGGCGUCGGGUAGUCUCACAGGAUGUGCCCAGCCUGCCAAGUGCCUCUGCAGAGUCUAGUCCCCCUGAUGAGCCCACAUCAUCAGACCAGCCUGCCAAAUGCAUGCCAUUAAAGAAACGUAGAGGCAAAAGGGCACGUACACACGAGUAAAAAGGAUCUUUCUGCAAAUGGGGGUGGGGGCUCCCAUGUCCAUCUUAUGCUCCAAUAUGUUAGCAUUUACAGUUCAGUCCCCAUGGAGUGCUUUUCCCCUGAAUUCCUGUCCCUAUGAUAUCUUGGGUCAUCAUCUUUGACAUGCCCCCACUACUCGAAUUGUCAAGUCCUCUAUGCAGCGUUCCCAGUUUUGGAGUUUUUCUCGUGUUGUAACAUGUUGCCAAAUUUGUCCUCUUGGUAGUUUGUUUAUAAGAGGACUCUUAAUGAUUUAUUCUCUAGAGCCUUGUGAGUGGCAUG